UACUCGGUCCCCGAGGAGGCCAAGCACGGCACCUUCGUGGGCCGCAUCGCGCAGGACCUGGGGCUGGAGCUGGCGGAGCUGGUGCCGCGCCUGUUCCAGGUGGCGUGCAAGGAGCGCGCGGACCUCCUGGAGGUAAAUCUGCAGAAUGGCAUUUUGUUUGUGAACGCUCAAAUCGACUUCGAGAAGCUGUGUGGGCAGAGCGCGGAGUGCAGCAUCCACCUAGAGGUGAUCGUGGACGGGCUGCUGCGGGUUUUCCACGUGGAGGUGGAGGUGAAGGACAUUAACCACAACCCUCCGGUGUUUCCAGCAACCCAAAAAGAGCUGUUCAUCGCAGAAUCUAGGCCACUUGGCACUCGGUUACCACUAGAGGGCGCAUGGGACACAGAUGUUGGAGCCAAUGCUCUGCUGACUUACAGACUGAGCCCCAGGGAAUACUUUUUGCCGGAAAAACCAUCUGAUGACAAGCAGAUCGAAAAAAAAAAAAAGAAAUCUUUAGAUCGAGAAGAAAUUCCGGAGAUAUUUUUAGAGCUCACCGUUACUGAUGGAGGCAAACCUGAGCUGACUGGCUCUGUCCAGUUACUCAUUACAGUAGUGGAUGCCAAUGAUAAUGUUCCAGUUUUUGAUAGAACACUUUAUAUGGUAAAAUUGCCCAAAAAUGUCCCAGAUGGAAUGAUGGUAAUUAAAAUCAAUGCUUCUGAUGUAGAUGAAGGCUUGAAUGGGGAAAUUAUUUUUUCACUUUCAACUGAUAUUUCACCAAAUGUGGCAUCCAAGUUCCACAUGAACCUAUUUACAGGGGAAAUUGUUGUAAAGGGAAACAUUGAUUUUGAAGAAUGCAAAUCCUAUGAAAUACUCAUAGAGGCCAUUGACAAGGGACAGCCUCCACUCUCUGACCAUUGUAGAGUUAUUGUAGAAGUAGAAGAUGCCAGUGAUAAUGCCCCAGAUUUGGAAUUGAAGUCUGUAUUAAGAGUGAGAGAGAACACUGAAGUGGGCACCAUCAUUGCUCUGAUCAGCAUGUCCGACAGUGACUCUGGUAUCAGUGAACAGAGGACCUGCUUUUUGACUCCUCAGGUCCCUUUCAAGCUGGCAUCCACCUAUAAGAAUUACUAUUCACUGGUGCUGGACAGUGCCCUAGAUCAUGAGUCCACUUCUGCCUAUCAGGUGUCAGUGACCGUGCGGGAUGUGGGUUUACCCUCCCUGUAUGUCUCUGCCACCGUGUCCAUGGAGGUGGCAGACAUGAACAACAAUGCACCAGCGUUCGCGCAGCCCAAGUACACGGUGUUCAUGAAGGAGAACAACCCGCCGGGCUCCCACAUCUUCACGGUGUGCGCGCGCGACGCGGACACGCAGGAGAACGCGCUGGUGUCCUACUCGCUGGUGGAGCGGCGCGUGGGCGAGUGCGCACUGUCGAGCUACGUGUCAGUGCACGCGGAGAGUGGCAGGGUGUUCACGCUGCAGCCUCUGGACCGCGAGGAGCUGGAGCUUCUGCAGUUCCAGGUGAGCGUGCGGGACUCUGGUGUGCCUGCCCUGGGGAGCAACGUGACUCUGCAGGUGUUUGUGCUGGAUGAGAAUGACAAUUCGCCCUCGCUACUGGGAAUUAGGCCAGGCAGAGCUGGGCCCACUGUGAGUACAUUGGUGUCUCGUUCAGUGUGUGCAGGCCACGUGGUGACAAAGGUUCAUGUCGUGGAUGUGGACUCUGGCUACAAUGCAUGGCUGUCCUAUGAGCUGCUGCCAAUUUUGGGUGGCACGCGUAGCCCGCUUCAGGUGGGGCUGUACACAGGUGAGAUCAGCACCACAUGUGCCUUGGACGAGAAGGAUGCACCACAUCAGUCCCUGUUGGUGUUGGUGAAGGACCAUGGCAAGCCUGCGUUGAUGGCUACUGCCACCCUGUUGGUGUCACUGGUGGAGAGUGGCCAGACACCAAAAGCCUUGCUGCGGACACUUGUGAGCAUGUCAGGCUCUGAGAAGGCAAUAGUGGAUAUGAAUGUGUACCUGAUCAUUGCCAUCUGCACGGUGUUCAGCUUGUUGGUGCUCACGCUGCUGCUGUACACAGCACUACACUGCUCUGUGCUGCCUGGUGACAGCAUGUGUGGACCUGGGAAGCCCACGCUGGUGUGCUUGAGAGCUGUGGGGAGAUGGUCAUACUCGCAUCAGAGGGGGCAGAGGGUAUGCUCCUGGGAGGGCCUGCCCAAGAAGGACCUCAUGGCCUUCAGCCUGAGUUUCCCGAAUUCUAGGGAUAGAGAGGAGCGAUUAGAGACAACUGAGGAUUCCUUUGCAAAGCUGGGAACUGUGGCGGUGUGGGCCAAGCACAAACUCGAAACCACAGGUCCAGCAGCUCUCGGAGCACUGGUUCUCUCGGCACAGGGCACGCGGGGCUUUUUGAAUAUUUUUAAACCAACAUUUGAUAUGAAAAGACGGUAG